AUGAUCGCCAGCAACGAUGCUCUCAGAGCAUUGGACAUGGCCCUCCAGCGGAUGAAGGCAAUCGAGUUGUUCAUCAGUCAGGGGCAAUGGUCCCAGGCCAACCUGCUCGAGCUGAUUCUUCCGGAGGACGAGCAGAGAGCUUGGUUCCGUCAGGAAUUAAAAGCAGCCCAGCAGGAGCACAAGAGCGAAAUGCGGAACCGGGAAGGGCCGGAAGGGCCGAGGAAAAGGAAAGAAAGGAGGCAAGAGAUGGUGAUUGAGGAGAGGAACCCAAUUGGCCUCAGCUACCCUGCUUUGGAAAGAGCGAUGCGAGAGAAUGAGAUUUCCGAGGAGACAGCAGUCAAGGUGAGGGAGCUCCUACUUGAUGAAGAGGUCAUCGGACUCCAUCAGCUCCUACAGAAGUCAGUGAAGGCCAGUCCCAACUGGGUGAAAAUUGAGUUCAGAUUCUUUGAGAUCCUUGCAGAUGUCGCUGGUGACCCGCCCAGUGUUGUCAAGAAGCGGUUGCAGGAGCAUUGCAGCUUUAUUGAAGCGGAAAGGAAUCCAUCCGCCUCGCCAGCCCUAUCUACCCUUCUGGGAGUUGGCAGCCUUCCACUUGGGGUUGAUCCUCGGGUGGGAGAAGGCCGGCUCCUGAGGGUUGAACAGGGGGUCGAAGUGAGAGCGGCAGAGGUUGAAUGGAAAAAGGAGGAUGGUGUGUUUGUGGGGGCGCCCCACAGAGAGCAUGGUUGCACCAUCUAUCACAAGGACUUUGUGAGCCAGCUUGGGCACGAGGCAGUCAGGCAAUCAUUGUCCGGCCAGAAGCUCUAUGUUGCGCCCAAUGAUGUGGAUGGGGCCUUGUGGUUGAUCCGUGAGUUCAAACUUGGUAAAGGACAGCACCUGAGCGUUGAGGGUUGGAGGCAGAGAAUGGAACGAGGCUGCUCUCGUGAGAUGUCGUUGAGUCUGACUGGGGUGGUGUUGAAGCUUGGAAUCAUGGAUCGCCCCGGUGAGCUUGGGAACUUUGCUCGAGCUCUUUCUUGCUGUGCUCUGGAGACUUUUCAGCGACAGCCUGCAGAGCUCCUCCCUCUACCUCUGCCCGAGAUGAACGAUGAGGAGCGUUCAAUUGAGGAAGCUGUCCAUAGAUGCAUGAAAGGAGAUGACGAUGUUGGUGGUGCAAGAUGGAUUGAAUUGAGAAAAGAGACGGAGAAAAUUGGAAGAAAAGUAUGGACAUGUUUGCAAUGCUUGGUGGUCAACUUUCUUUACUCCCAAGGGAGUGGUCACCGCAUGUUGACGGAAGGGAUGCUUCACAGCAGAACACCAACAAAAGCUCAGCAGGAAGCCUUGGGACGAUUUUCUGAGAUGAGCCGGAAGUGGCUGGAGGAGGAUACCGGUGACAGUGUGAAGGCAGAUACAUGGGAAAAUUGUUCAGAAGGCCUGGGAGACAUGUACACAGGGCCGAACAUUGGCAAAUCGUACCCCCUCACGCUGGAGGCGAUUCUGCCUACAACCCCGGGCUCAGGAGAGGCUGCUCGCAUCCCUAUGGUUGAUGUGGUCAGUGACAGCGUGAAGCCCUAUGUGGAAUCUCCGGAAAGUCUCCUGAUCCCUGAGGAGGAGUUGGUGGCUCCCCGCAUCUCAGCGGCCGUGCAGGUGACUUCUCAGCAGGAGUGGAACAAGGUUGUGAGCCACCUUGUGGAUGCAGGAAUGCUGGAAAGAGAAGUAAAAGAGGAGACAUUGAGAUACAAGGAUCAGCCUGUGAGAAAUGGAGCCUUUGGAGUGCAUAAGGCCUGGGUUCUGAAGGAAGAUGGAAGCUGGCUGCGGACCCUGCGGCUCAUCAUCAACAUGAUCCCGGCCAACAGCUUUCAAAGGAGGAUGCCGGUACGUGCCUCUGAGAAAAUGGGCUAUGCGCCUCUAUGGGGCAAUUUGUACUUGCAUGAUGAUGAAGUAAUCAUCUGCUCAGCUGAAGACCAGAAGCAUUGUUUUCACAUCUACCGACCAGGGUAUUCAUGGAGAGGCUUGUUCACGUUGAACAAGAAGGCGGCUGGUGAGUGCUUCAAAGAUGGAAAUGAUCAGAUGAGCUAUCCACGGGUGAAGAGCGCACCAAUGGGUUGGAACAAUGUGGUUGACUUCAUCCAAGAUGGGUUUGAAAACAUGGCAAGGGAAGCAGGGCUGCCUCCAAACCAGAUCAUCAGGAUGGGAGAGCCAAGUCCAUUGGUGCCAUUGGAAACCCCCAGGAGUUUCUUUUCGUUCUAUGUGGACAACUUUGAUCAGUUGAAGCUGGUCUGGCGGACAGACCAAGGUCUCUAUGAGGGGUUCCCAAGUGAGGAACAACUGAAGUUGAGGGAGAAGAUGAAUCAGCUGACAGUUGGACGGGAUCCAAAGAAAGCUGCUGAGGGAACAAUUUCCUGGAGCAGUCUGGGAGCCGAAAUUGCUGGAAAGGAAGGUUGGGUUGGCAGUGCACGAAGCUUCCGAAAAGCGUUGCUGGGUGCAAACCUUGGGCUGCUGGUCGGGGGGGAGGUCCGUGCCGACUCACCCAGCCUGCAGUCUGUGGUUUCUAAGAACAUGCACUCGGUGCAGUUCUGCCGGCAACUGGCCUGCCUCUUCGAUAGGCUCUAUGUGGAAAUGAAUCAGGAGAAGCCACGCAUCAUGACAGAGCAGGCAAAAGAUGAGCUUCUGCUUUUGAGUUGUGGGCUGCCUAUGCACUGGCUUGACCUGCGAUUGAAGGUGUCGGGUCAAGUGUAUGCUACGGAUGCCAGUCCUGAGGGUGGCGGAGCUUGUAGUAGCACCUCGCUGAGCCCUUGGGGCAAUGCCCGCCUCCAGAGCAUGUCGCAUGAAACUGAAGGUCUAGAAGGAGGCGGCACCCGCAACGCCUUGGUAGUGGAAUGUUUCGCGGGCAUGGGUGGCCUCAAGCAGGCCCUGGAUCUCCUGGGUUUCGAGCCAGCAGGGGUGAUUGCCAUUGACAAUUCCCCGGAGUGCAGUCGGAUUUACCGGCAGCACUGCCGCCAUGCCAUUUGGAUCCAGGACAUUACAACGAUCACUGAGGCACAGGUGAUAGAAUGGCGGAGGAGAUUCCCAAAAGUCACACAAGUCAUCUUGGCUGGAGGAUGGCCCUGUGUAAACCAUUCCCUGUUGAAUGUGCACCGGCAGGGUGCAGAAGGUGCUACGAGCAAGCUUCUUGACGGCAUGCUCCAAAUUCGGCAAUGGCUCAAAGAAUGCAGCAGGAAGCUCAACCUGCCUGAGUGGAAACUGGUGGAGAUGUACGAGAAUGUUGUCAUGGAUGAUGGGGACUUCAAGGUGCAGACGAAGAAGAUAGGCUUCCUUCCAUACUUCAUGGAAGCGGCUCAGCUGGGCCGCUGUAGGCGACCACGUCUCUAUUGGCUGUCAGGAGUGGACAUCAUUCCUGGAGAUGACUUGAAGGUUUUGCAGAGGGUCAUUAUGCGAGGACAUGAAUAUCAUGUCAAGGAAGUCAGAGUGGAUACAGAAAGGCUGCCUCUGGAGUGGUUCCUGGAGAAGGGUGCUUCCAAAAUGAAAGGCCCUGAAGACCCUUUCGCAACCUUCACGAGGCCAAUUCCACGUCAAUCUCCUCCGGACAGCCCUGCUGGGCUGGACCAGGCCUCAGAACGAGCGAAGAAAAGAUGGCAAGGAGACAGCUUCCGGCUGCAGGUGUAUCAGUAUGAAGAGCGGAACCUGGUGGUUGACAAGAACGGCCCUCGUCGCCCCCUUCCCGAAGAACAACUUCGAAUGAUGGGGUUCUGCUCGAACCAUCUGACAGCCAAGAAUCGUUUGAGCAAUGAUCUGAAGGGGCAAAUGAUUGGCAAUAGCUUCUCUGCCAUCUCAGUCGCCCGUCUCCUAGUUGGACUGGUUGCUACACCAGAACAAUGCAAGAACAAAGAUGUGACCUUGCUGCUAUGGCAGGUCUGGCAGCAAAAGGAGCAAAAAGCCCGGCAAGAGGAUAAGCCUUGGAAGAUAAGGUUUUCAAGCGUGGCUGCAGGGGCACCCGGGGCGGUGAGUCUCGUUCACGAGAUCUUGCCGUCACCUGUCGCUCCGUUGCGGUCGCUCAUUGACCCACAAGGAUGGCUGACCGAUGAGGAGGCCUUGAGCUACCUCCUGGCCCGAAAUGGAACUCAUCGCAAUGCCGAAAUCAGGGUCGAUUUGGGAAUGCCCUAUGCUGUUGGCGAACUUUGUCGACAGAGCGUGGAUCCCACACAUUGGGUGUGGAAAGUGCUCCUGUCAUACGCCUGGAAGGAAAAAGGGCAGCACAUCAACGUCUUGGAGUUGGUGGCUGUCCUCGACCUGCUCCGGCGUCAAGCUCGAGAUCCAAAGUUUCACAGCCUCAAGAUGUUGACCCUGGUGGAUAAUCAGGUGGCACUGAGCUGCAUCUCUAAGGGACGCAGUUCCGCCCGAGCACUCCAAGGUGAGCUUUUCUUUGCUCGAAAAGGCGACUUCACAUGGAAUGCUGCUAAGACCCGUGCUGUCUGGUCUCUUCCGCUUACCAAAAGUGGGCAGCGAGUGGGAGCACAUGAGUCUUUGGUCAUUGAUGACCCCUGGUUGGUAACUGCUUUGGCAAACUACCUGCGUGCUUUGGCCCCUGGUGACUAUUUGCGAACAGCCUCCACGUCCCCUGCCGCCACCCAGGGACUUGGACACCGGUGUCAGGGUGAUUUCAUCCUUGACGUGUCCGGGGUGAAUCGACACUGCCCAUGCAUUCGCUCGGUUUGGAAAGCCUUGGCUGCUUACAGGCCCUUGCUGCGUCUUGCUACAGCAGAGCACCUGCCAUGCGCCCGCGUGCUCGGGAUGGCGUUGGCCGUCGCUUUGGCCCCGAUCAUUCUGGUGUGGAACUUGCUGGUGCUGCUCUUUGUGGUCUGUCCAAUGAUCCUUUUUGCCUUCAUGCAGGGUCGAGCUUGGGUGUUUAUCAUCUCCGUGGUUUGUUUCCUCUAUGGCCUCGGGCUGACUUUGCAGCAGCUGGCCUACAUCGCUUCCAUGGACUUGCGUCCUCAGUACGCGUUGACUUGGAAGGUUCCCAGCAACCAAACUCAAACGCUUUGCACCUGCGGUUGUGACUAUUCCGUUUCCUCAAAUGUGUGUAUCAAUCUUGGAACGAUUGGCUUGGUGACCACCUUGAAAGCCGCCUUCUUAGCCUUCCGUUGCCUCAAGGGCUUACGGAGGUCGCAAUGGGCCAACCUUCUGUCUGUCACCUUUCCAGUCCCUUUGACGGUCUACGAAGUGAACUGGCAACAAGCAGAUGGCAAACCCAUCCGCUUUCGCAGCGAGGAGAUGCCGGUGCAGGGUGAAGUUGCCUUUGAUCCCUUUGCCAUGAUGGAUGAGCAGCCAGACAGUAAGUUCACCACAGUGCACCUAAGACCAGAGCUGUUGCGCCCUGAGCACGUGGAGAAGACGAAGAAGACGGAGGCUUCGGAGGCAUCGGAGGCUUCGCAGCGGACCUGCAGGCCAGCUUAG